AUGGAGAGAGAAAAAGAAGAAAGAAACAAAGGUCUGAAGGGUGAAGAAUAUCCUAAUUCACUCAUCAGCAAGAUUGAAUGUGGCACAGCGCUCAUGCAAAAAGCACUUGCGACAUUCCAUGUUGACCAAAAGUCUUGUGCAGCCACAAAGGCCUUGGAAUCUGCAAAGAGUGGUGAUGGGGGCGUCAAGAAGCCUCUGGCAACGCAAAAGAUUCCAGGAUUGACUUUCGCCUAUUCUGACGAGAUUUCCGAGCCCACAGAGCCGCUCGUCCAACAAUUCUAUCAUGAGAACGGAAGAGGGAGCUUGGGACUACGUUUAAAGCAUUCGGACAGUGUUGAGGAAAAGAUGAGUUUUUCGGAGAAGGAAGAAAUGAUUGCUAUGGCAAGAUUUCUAAAGAUGUCGGAGGAAUUAAUUGAAGAGAAGAUCGCUGAGAAAGUCGUGGAAGACCUGAGUCAACGCAUGGCCUCCAAAAGUGUGUCUGUCAAGAAAGUGGCUCGGGAGAGAACCGAUUUCAUCUCUUUCGACGACCCAGUCGACAAAGAAUUCUUCACUUUAAGAUUGAUCACGAUGGCUCCACCAGCCGGUGAGGAUGUUCUUGGUGCGUUUAUACAUUUGAAUCAACAAGUUGCCAAAGAAGUUGAGCUGUUGUACCUUGGGAACGAUGAAGCAAUUUCUGAGUCACUGCUCGAACAAGUCCGGAACUGCUCCUUAAAGAUUAAGCGUGUAGUCGCAGCGUCAAAUGACGCUCAAACUUUCGAAAAGGAUCAUCCCACUAAGUCUUCUUCUAUGGUUCCGACGAUUCCAGGGAUGAGUGUCUGUCAAUCAGAUGGCAGUGUAAACGAUGGUCGAGAUAGAGCGGCGUGCACGCAUAUCAUCCUCCUAGCAAAAGACGAAGAUCCUAUGAAGCCUCUGGCUUACCAACUAGCUAUGAACAAUAAUUGGGUUAGAUUUCCGUGGAAAGUUCUGUGCGAAAAAUGUCCAGUCAUCUUGCAUCUCCUUGGUCACAGUCCUUUACCCCGUAAAGAUGGUGAACAACGUCUUGUGUACGAUCCUCAGAAUACCAACUUCCAGAAAGUUUCCUACCACCAUGUCGGUGUUUACUUUACAAGAUUCAUGCGUUCCAGGCUCGCCCAAAGGCUGGAUGGGUAUGACAAGGUCAAAGAUUUAAAUGACUGGGAGGCAUUCAGAGCAGUUAGACGCAUUGGAUUCAGGCUGAAAGGUGCCAAGAAUUGUGAGAAGGUGGUGGAAGCUAUGGAGAAGACGGAGAUGGUCAACAUGGGUAGAUUCCUAGGAAUGACAGAAAGCUCAAUUAGAGAUAUCUGCAACGAUGAAACCGAUAACGACAUCACCAGUCUUUUCGGAUUAGAAGCGCAGAUACCGUAG